GCAGGGGCGCCGCCGUUCGCGAGGUUGAACUCGGCCAGCCAGCGCACGGGGGAGGGGGGGUGCUGCCUGGGUGCUGCUCGGCCGGCGCAGGGGAGCUGCCUCUGCUCCGGCCAGCGCAGGGAGACGCAGUGGAGCUGCGGCUCGGCCGGCGCAGGGAGUUGCUGCUGCUUCGCCGGCGCAGGGAGUUGCCUCUGCUUGGCCGUCGCAUGGGGAUGCGCGGUGGAGCUACUGCUCGUGGCCCGGCGGCCUCGACCCGCACGUCGGCGCGCUCGAGCUCCACCAGCUCGGACGUCAGUCAACGACGACGACGGUUGGCGGGGCGCGGCUUGCGUGGCCGGGAGGAAGCGGGUAUGCAGUGGCGCGACGGAUUACGUCCGAUUCCGGCUGGCGGCGGAGCUUCGCAUGGUCCAACAGCAAUGGCGGAGCUCUACUCGUGGCUCAUGGCACUCUCCUGUUAGAUUUUGAGGGACGCGACCUUAUCCUCUUCCUUUUCUUUUUGAAAGAUAAGAUGACCUUAUCCUCUUUUACAUUUUUACAAUUUAGUCUAUACUAUUUUGUCUAUUUGCGAACCGUUAUUUCAUGCCACAUCACCCUGUUCAGUGGGUCCCAUCUGUCAUAAACGAGCUUAAAUUGAGCCAAUUAGACAACUAGUGUUUUUUGCAAAAAAAAUUAGGCUUAGAAUUAGUGGUUUUUGGCACAAAUCCAUAGAAUUAUGGUUUCUGCAACCCUAGCCUUCAAUGUUGAUAUUUUUUGCAAUUCACUCCUUCGCGUAUCUCCACUAGCACAACGUGGUCGCAGCCAACAUCACCGGGGUGUCAUCGAUCUCUUCAUGUCGCCAUGGAUGAAAGUGAAGAACGAGCCUGACUGCAAAGUGACGCCUCGCGCGUCGUCGCUUGGGAAGAAGAGGAAGGUGGGGGAGAACCGUGCGGACGGCGAGAGCUCGGCGUCAGACCCCUCUUGCCUGUCGGGCUUCUCCGGCCCCUGGUUGUCGCCGCCCGCGACAAGCAAAGAUGGUGACUGGAAGGCAGCGAGGCGGCUGCUGCAGGGCACCGUCACGCCGUCGCGGGAGCGCGAGCUCGCCGCGUCCAAGCCGGCCAACGUUGUCGCCUCAAGCUACGUGUCACUGCUCCAGACGGCGAACGAGGUGACCUUCUCGCUUACGCUCUGGAGUUGGAGGACAAGUACUAGCCAAAUGCUUGUUUGCUGUUGGCUCCUUGACAUUUUGAUGCCUCUGCUCCUCGAGUUCUAUGUCCGAUGACUGCUGCAUGCAUGCACUUGGACGAUAAUACUAGUAUGAGCUCGACGAGACGACCAAGGCGGCCGCGGCGCGGGAGGAGCUGUGCAGGAAAAUGAAGGCGUGGGAGUGCGACACCGCCGAGGCGGACGCGCUGCGGGCGGAGCUACGCAAGGCCAAGGCCGUGCUCACUGAGACCAAGGCGGAUGCGGGGAUUGCGGCGGCGGCAGCGCGUGGGCUCCGGGAGGAGUUGGACACGAAGCAGAAGCAACGGGUUAAUUAGACAUGAUGGCAGGGUGUUUUUUGCAAAACUGCAGGCAAAGGCCGGUCCACCCACUUGGCUGCCACUUGUCGUGCUGUGAUA